AUGCAGCCCGAGCCUGAUGAAAACGAAAAAUUUCCGUUCCUAGAUUUGCCUGCCGAGAUCCGCAACAUGAUCUAUUCUCUGGUCCUUGAGCGUCCUGGCUAUCGCAUUCAUCUCUCUGGCAAGCAUUCUGGAGUUAUCAACACCUCCUGGUUCGGCAAGAAUACAUACAUCUCAAGACGCGACAACCCUUACAGCACCAGCCUUAUGCGUGUGAACAAGCAAAUAAAUGUCGAAUCGUCGCCUUACUUGUUCAGUCGUCAUACUUUCGAAUUCGCAGACUCUACGAUGCUUCAGAGGUUCCUAGAGUACCUUGGCCCAGAGCGUAUCACGUCCUUGAUCUCAGUCUCUGUCCAGCAACAAUAUGCUGUCUCUGCCAAACAAGCAUACCAACUGCUGUCUCCUGCAGUAUCUCUUGCUAAGCUUGAGAUCAACCUUUGGCGCGGGACUGCUCAAUAUCUCGACUGGUCUUCUAUUCUGUUGCCCUUGUUCCAAUCCCUAUGCUCGGAUGGAUGCAAAACCCGUGAGGAGGCCUAUGGCAUUGUCACGAUGCCAGGAGCUGAUAAAGUUUAUUGUCAGACACAUCGCUGGUCAUCUGCUGAGGGAUGUGACAAAAGAAGCAAAACGUAUGAUGCAUUUCAUAAGAAGCUGCAUGACGGGAUUGAGAAAGGAUUGGACGAAGCUGAGGCGAAGAAGGAAGCGAUCAAAAGAGGCUCGCCAAUCAAAACUAGGUCCGGACGUAAGACGAAGGCAGUCGACUACUCAGGUAUGGAGGAAUGA